AUGUCGCAAAGUCACCCCCUCGCUCUCCUGCACCAAGGGAGCAAUGCAGUAAUCAACCAACUCCGCCCCUGGACAGCCGAAGUGUCGCAUCGGCCGUGGGUUCUCAAGGCGGGAAUAGCGCUGGUGGCACUGAAAAUUAUUCUGUGGACGAACCGGGCCCUGACGAAUUACAGCCUCAACAACUGGACGAGAAUUAGGGCCUGGAGCAAUGAACAUGAGCUGGUUCUCGUCACCGGCGGGUGCAGUGGCAUUGGGAAGCAGAUUGUGUCUUGUCUCGCUGAGGGGGGCGUGCGGGUGGUCGUUUUGGACAUCCAGGAACCGGUAUUAAGCUUUGGCAAAAAUGUCACCUUCUACCACGCGGACGUUACCUCGUCCGAAAGCAUCCGCGCAGUGGCGCAGAAAAUUCGCGCCAGCCACGGAGAGCCCACGGUCCUGGUGAACAAUGCCGGGGUCGGGAAUGAAGGGACGCUCCUGGCAAAGUCCGAAGCCCGCAUCCGCCAGACGUUUGAAAUCAACACCAUCUCCCACUUUCUCAUGGUCCGAGAGUUUCUGCCCGCGAUGAUCAAGCAGAAUCAUGGGCACAUCAUCACCAUUGCCAGCACGGCCAGUUUCAUGGGCAUGGGCGAGAUGAUGGACUACUCGUGCUCCAAGGCCAGUGCGCUUGCCUUUCACGAGGGGCUGUCCGAGGAGAUCCGCUCGUGGUACAACGCGCCCAAUAUCCGCACCAGCAUCAUCCACCCGAACUGGGUGCGCACGCCCAUGAUAACAACCUUGACCUCUGCCGGUGAUCGGUUCAACCAACCGAUCUUGACUCCCACAGAGGUGGCAAACGCCGUUGUGAGGCAGAUUCUUGCGCAGAAGAGUGGCCAGGUGAUUCUCCCAGGCCACCUGAAACCCCUCAGCUCGCUUCGUGCCCUCCCAUUGUGGAUACAAGGCGCUGUUCGUGGUGCAGCGGCCCAGAGUCUAAAGUCAGUUACGGACUUGCAAAGGAAAACAAAGAAGAAUGCUGGUUCGACCUGA